AUGACGAAGGUUUCUGCUCAUCGGUGCCGGUAUCGCAGGGACGAUGACGCCAUAUCUGGUGUCAAUUUAAUGUCUGGAGAAUGUGUUGUGUUACAUUGUUUCGCUGUGAUUCUUUACAUUCUCUUCUACAUCUCAUUGACAUUUGGAAAUGGACUUGAACAUCUGAACUAUUUUAUAAAAGUAGGAAACUGUCUUCUCAAGGAAGGUAAAACAUUGAUGACACUUGAUGUGGAUGCCUACGACUGUUCGAAGAGGUGUUUUGAAUCUUCUGCAUGUAAAUCCUUCGUGAGCAGAACGAUAAGUCCAAGCUGUAUUUUAUACAAAGAUGACGCAACAGAGAAAAUGCUAAUAGGCGCAACUAAUACCGAUUUUUAUCAGUUGAGAAGAUCUGUGCCGACCAAUUAUACAGACGGAAAAUGUCCGUUGGAUAUAGUUGACAGUGCUUAUCUCCCUAGUCGCAAUGACGUCGGUGGAUUGCAUGGUCUUAAUUAUACGACAUGUUUGUACAGCUGUGAAACAAAACCAAAUUGUCAGUCGUUUGACUACCAAAUAUAUACAAAAAAAUGCUUUUUGUCAAGUAAAACUCAUUCUGAUCACUUUUUGAAGUUUGGGACAAAUGGUGUUUACACUGAAUUAAACAAAAAACUUUGGAAUGACUUCAGACAGUCACAUACACUGGAGAAGAUUAAUUCCGUCGGUUGUGGUGUAAGAGUUCUCGACUCUUAUUAUUUCGUUGAAAAAAAAGUAAUUAAUGAUUCGACUGCUUAUUCAACUUUUUCCUUCAAACAAAAUCCAUAUCUCAACCUUGUAACCGAGGCCCAGGUGGAUGCUCACUCGGUUCUGGAUUGUUCACGUUUAUGUAUGGUUCUGUUGGUGGAAGCUGACACAAGUUGCAAAUGGGGCUGCGACAUGCAAUUUCGCAUGAACACCAGCGAUUCCUCCGCUCAUGACCGAGGAACCAUCAUAAUAUUAGGGGACACAAUUAUUUGUCAACACCAAUACGAAAGAGUAACCAAAAGUAACCGGAAACUUUCUCUGCGGAACAAGCCCGUUGUAGUUUAA